GCGCCGCGCCCCCGCCCCCGCCGCCGCCGCCGCCCGCCCUCCCCGCCCGGCUCUGCUGCCGCCGCGGCGGCCGCUGCUGCUGCUGCUUCUGCCGCCGCUGCCGCCGCUGCUGCCUGGAUAUAGUGCGGCAGGAGCGGAGCUUGCAGUCACUUUGCGAGGAGGAGCGCGCGGGCUGCGGGCGGCUGGGGCACCCCGGAAGCGGCGGCGGCGGCUCCAGCAGAGGCGGCCGGGGCAGCGAAGGGUUCUCUCUCCAGGGCUGGACUUAAUAACUUUGAAACUGUCCACCGCUGUCACGUCCUGAACAUGAGCCUCCUCCUCUCCUUCUACCUGCUCGGGUUGCUUGUCAGUAGCGGGCAAGCUCUUCUUCAAGUGACAAUUUCACUUAGCAAAGUAGAGCUUAGUGUGGGUGAAUCUAAAUUCUUCACAUGUACAGCAAUUGGUGAACCUGAAAGUAUAGAUUGGUAUAAUCCUCAAGGAGAGAAGAUAAUUUCAACACAGAGGGUAGUGGUGCAAAAGGAAGGUGUUAGGUCACGGUUAACCAUCUACAACGCAAAUAUAGAAGAUGCAGGGAUAUAUCGUUGUCAAGCAACAGAUGCCAAAGGACAGACACAAGAAGCUACGGUAGUUUUGGAAAUUUACCAAAAACUCACUUUCAGAGAAGUGGUGUCUCCACAAGAAUUCAAACAAGGAGAAGAUGCAGAAGUCGUUUGCCGAGUUAGCAGUUCACCUGCGCCUGCUGUCAGCUGGUUGUAUCAUAAUGCGGAAGUCACCACUAUUUCCGACAAUCGGUUCGCUAUGUUAGCAAACAAUAAUUUGCAGAUUCUCAACAUCAAUAAAAGUGAUGAAGGAAUAUACAGAUGUGAAGGAAGAGUGGAGGCCAGGGGAGAAAUUGACUUCCGUGAUAUCAUUGUUAUUGUUAAUGUGCCGCCAGCAAUCUCAAUGCCUCAGAAAUCUUUUAAUGCCACAGCUGAGAGAGGAGAAGAGAUGGUGUUUUCAUGCAGGGCCUCAGGCUCUCCGGAACCCACCAUCUCCUGGUUCAGGAAUGGCAAGCUCAUUGAAGAAAAUGAAAAGUAUAUAUUGAAAGGGAGCAAUACAGAACUCACUGUCAGGAACAUAAUGAAUAGUGAUGGUGGUCCUUAUGUCUGCAGGGCCACAAAUAAGGCAGGAGAAGAUGAAAAGCAAGCGUUCCUCCAAGUCUUUGUACAGCCUCACAUAAUACAGCUUAAAAAUGAAACUACAUAUGAGAAUGGUCAAGUCACACUCAUAUGUGAUGCAGAAGGGGAGCCUAUUCCAGAAAUCACUUGGAAAAGAGCUGUGGAUGGCUUCACGUUCACUGAAGGUGAUAAGAGCCCAGAUGGCCGUAUCGAAGUCAAAGGGCAGCAUGGAAGCUCAUCACUGCAUAUUAAAGAUGUGACGUUGUCAGAUUCAGGGAGAUAUGACUGUGAAGCUGCAAGUAGAAUUGGAGGGCACCAAAAGAGCAUGUACCUGGAUAUUGAAUAUGCCCCCAAGUUUAUAUCAAACCAAACAAUUUAUUACUCUUGGGAAGGAAAUCCUAUCAAUAUAAGUUGUGAUGUGAAAUCCAAUCCACCAGCAUCAAUUCACUGGAAAAGAGAGAAAUUAGUCUUACCUGCUAAAAACACAACCAAUUUAAAGACAUAUAGUACAGGAAGAAAGAUGAUAUUAGAGAUUGCACCUACAUCUGACAAUGACUUUGGACGCUAUAAUUGCACAGCCACUAAUCGUAUAGGAACAAGAUUUCAAGAAUAUAUUCUAGCUUUGGCUGAUGUGCCAUCCAGUCCCUAUGGAGUGAAGAUCAUAGAGUUGUCACAGACCACAGCCAAGGUUUCUUUCAACAAACCAGACUCCCAUGGAGGUGUGCCUAUUCAUCACUAUCAAGUGGAUGUCAAAGAAGUGGCGUCAGAAAUAUGGAAAAUAGUACGCUCCCAUGGAGUUCAAACAAUGGUUAUUUUGAGCAAUCUGGAACCAAAUACAACUUAUGAAAUCAGGGUUGCAGCUGUAAAUGGAAAGGGGCAAGGAGACUAUAGUAAAAUAGAAAUCUUCCAAACAUUACCAGUUCGUGAACCAAGUCCUCCAUCCAUACAUGGACAGCCAAGCAGCGGGAAGAGCUUUAAACUCAGCAUCACCAAACAGGAUGAUGGAGGGGCCCCUAUUUUGGAAUACAUUGUGAAAUACAGAAGUAAAGAUAAGGAAGACCAAUGGCUAGAGAAAAAAGUGCAGGGAAAUAAGGACCACAUCAUUUUGGAGCAUCUCCAGUGGACCAUGGGGUAUGAAGUUCAGAUUACAGCUGCCAAUAGAUUGGGAUAUUCUGAACCUACUGUUUAUGAAUUCAGCAUGCCACCAAAGCCCAACAUUAUUAAAGAUACGCUUUUUAAUGGUCUUGGGCUUGGAGCAGUCAUUGGCCUGGGAGUUGCUGCGCUUCUGCUAGUUCUUGUGGUAACAGACGUCAGCUGCUUCUUUAUUCGGCAAUGUGGGUUGCUGAUGUGCAUCACUAGGAGAAUGUGCGGAAAGAAAAGUGGCUCCAGUGGCAAAAGUAAAGAACUCGAAGAAGGAAAAGCUGCAUACCUGAAAGAUGGAUCAAAAGAACCAAUAGUGGAGAUGAGAACAGAGGAUGAAAGAAUUACUAAUCAUGAAGAUGGGAGCCCAGUGAACGAGCCAAAUGAAACCACACCACUAACAGAACCUGAAAAAUUGCCUUUAAAGGAAGAAAAUGGGAAAGAAGUUCUAAAUCCGGAAACUAUAGAAAUUAAAGUUUCUAAUGACAUCAUCCAAUCAAAAGAAGAUGACAGCAAAGCCUAACAAUAUUACAGGGGCGUGAACAACACUACAAAGAGAAUUUGGAUUGCAGUGACCCUAUGACCAAAACUAUUCCAUUGACCUUAAUUUCUUGGGAAACUUCUAGCUUGGAAUAGCUUGUACACAUAUACAUAUGAUCAAAUACUCCUGCCCAUGGUCCACUCCUUUUCUGAUUGUUGUUGUUGUUGCUGUUGUUGUUAAUUUUGUUAAGAAUUUCAGUAUCGAGACCUGACUGGCACCAACACUUGGUUAUUCAAUUUGAAUCUAUGCCUGAAGUACUGGAGUAUAUUAUAUGGCUAAUGUGCUCUAUUUCUUAAGAACUAUAUUUAAUACAACCAACAAAUAUAUUUUAACCUCUCUAACAAAUAGUGGUCAAGGAAAAAAGAAAACAAAACAACAACAUUGUGAGCUACAUGUGUAAGAAUGCCCUGCAUGUGUAUAAGUCCUAUUCUGGGCAAAUAGAUUUUUAAAGUGGCUUUCGACUUCAAGAUGAAGGCACUUAAUAAUGGUUAUUCAUUUUAUCAGGGGAAUUUCAGGGAAACUAGGCUUGAAAGAGCCAGUUAUCUUUAGCAGAUAUUAAGAGUGGAAAACUUUGGGGAACUCAUUUCAAGUUAUGGUUUAGUGCAUUUUCAAAAUUGAUUUUUGAUAGACUAAAGUGCCAGAUCAAAAUUGUUACCCAUUUGAAAGAAUAUUAGUUGUAUAUAAAAUUAGAUUAGAAAGACUUUCUAAAUCUCUAUCUCUUUAUAUAUGUCCUAUUCAUUCACAAUGGAUUACACAAAAAAUAAAUGUAUUGCGAGUGAAAUAAUAUUGAUUUCUGCCCUCAGCUUCAAAUAAAGUAAUUUGAAAUGGGAACAAUAUCAAUAUGGUGUCUUGAUAUAUUUAUAAAUAUGUGAUUAUCAUUUAUUUUUAAAAUAAUUUAUCAAAAAACAAGUCUAGUGUUCAAAUACUUCAAAUCACAUCCUCAGAUGUAUUUUUAGCCCACAGUUUUAUAUAAUCUUUAAGAACUAAUUUUCCCACUGUUAUUGGUCCGUCAUUAAAUGUAAUUGGCUAAUGGAAAUUACAAUUUUAAAGCUGACAAAAUUAAGAAGAAAUUAUUUAACUUUUUAAUGUGCCAUAAAAGUAUAGAUGAUAAACAAUUAAACACCACUAUGUGUUCUAUUCUGGAUGUUCUAGCUAGAAGUUCUUUUAAGAUUUUGAUAAACAAUUUUGGUUGAAGACAUUCCUUAAAUAUUCAACACAAACUUUCUAAUAUCUUUUGUCAGGAUUAUACCAGAAUAAAAUACUCAUUAACUUCCAAGCUAUGCAAGCUCCUAGAGGUAAGAGUGAAAAAUGAUUUAACUUAUAUGUAAGGUUUUUUAAAGUGUUUAUGAUUAUAAGCAUUUGGAAGCAGGUUUAUUAACCUUGAGAGCCAAAGGUUUCUUUAGGCCCUGUAACAUUCAGAACCUUUGGUGUUUCAGGUGGUAUUAUAGCUCAAAUAGUGACAGAAUAGGGAAUGUGUUCCAACGGAAUAUUGGAGCAAUAUUUAGCAUUGCAGAAACCUGCUUUGGGCUUGUCUCUCUGUAGAGAUAAUCUGAUGAUUAUUAAAUGUAAAAUUAAGGCAACUCAUGAAUAUUUUUAUUUACGAAGUGCUUGAAACUGUCAGCCAAGGAGAGACAACUAAGUAAUUUUAUACAAUUCCUCACUUUUCUGUCUGCAGCAGGGCAGAAUAUGACCACCUACAUUUGAAGGCACCAAAUCAUCACAGUGUCUUUGCCAUAAAUUGCAGGGUUAUAAUGCUAGACUCUCUCCUUGCAUUCGAGUUUGGCAGAUUCUAAAGAAAAGAGCAGAAUGUUUGUGCCUACCUAAGAAUUUGAGUAGCUUCUAAACAAACAAACCAGUUAGGUCAUUUUAACUAACUUGAUUAUCCAACCGGUCUUUGACACAUUUGACUGUUGCUAUUUAGUUUAUGUUUGUCUGAUCAUCCAGAUUGCUUUAUUUUGCUGUGUUUAUUUUGUUGUUCAUUUUGUUUAGUACCAAUGUACUAAAACUAGGUCAAAAUACUUAGGUUGUUUGUGCAAAGUGUACAAGCUUAGUAAAGUGUCCAUGAAGCAAUAGCUAUGAAUGCUAAUUAUCUCUGAAUAUGGCCACAUGGUUUUAGACUAAUGAUGGUAAAAGAAUAAGGAUGACUGAGAAAGUCGAUUCGCAUGUUUACUAUUGUUAUAUUUGUGCUUUACUUCAAGAGUGCAGAAAUCAUAAUAAAUAACAAACUAUUUUUGUGUUUUCUCUAUUUGACAUUUGUUUCUCUCAUUUAUUUGGAUUUUUCUUGUAAAGAAAUUGACAUACAUUUCGUAUAUAUAUAUAUAUAUGUAUGUAUAUAUAUAUGUGUGUAUAUAUAUAUGUAUGUAUAUAUAUAUGAUGUUAAAUUUCCUGCCACUCAUGUAGAUUAAUGAUCUCAAAUUAACAGAUAAUCUGAAACUAAUUAUAGUCAGACUAUUUCAAGUGCACUGUUUCAGUUGCCCGAGUGGUCCUUACCUCUUGUCCUUGAAAUCCAUGCCAUGCCGAAACAAGGCAAUACUGUGAUAAACUAUUUUUUUUAAUAUUUCAAUGGAAUGCUCCAAAUUAUUUAUAAAAGUUUCAAAUUAAAAGAUGGCUUGUAGUAAAUUGUAAAAUAUAAGUAGAACUGAAAUAACCUGUUUCAUUCUUAUUCUAGAUUAAACAUAUACAUAUAACCGUAUAAAUGUUAUUUUUAUUGUCUGAGAGUAUUCUUAAGUAUUAGUAUAAAAUGUCAAAAAGAUUGACUGAAUAUAAAUACUGUUAAAAUAAUUUGAACCCUAUGAUAUUUUAAACCAAGAGGCAAAGAUAUCAUCGAAAACUUGGUAUUUCUUGAUAGGUUAGGUGCAAUUAGGCAGUGACAAUCUAUAAUCAACAAUAUAUAAGACAAAAGAGUAAUAUCAGAAUUUUCACACAUAUUUUGUUUUCAAAACUGGCACAAAUUAGUGUGUCAACAUAUUUUACAAUGAUGUCAAAUGAAUUUAAUUAAAAAAUUUAUUAUUUUUGUGGGGUAAGACAUUGCAAUUCUGUUGAUACUAAUGUCUAACAUUAAUGUAAUGUUUCUUAAGCUUUCUUUUAUCUUUAAUAUUAAUACCUAUAAAAGCAUUUUUCAAAGGCUAUUUGAUCCAACAAACUUCAUAUGGAUCUUAGACUUUGAAUUAAAUAUUUAUAGAAACAGAUUUUAUUAACCAUAUUAUUUAUUUGUGUGCCAACAAUUAAUUGUAACUUUGUGAUCAUACCUUUGUUUUACAGUUCUUCUUUUAAAUAAUUAAGAUGUAUUGUGCCUUUUAAUUAGCAUGACAUUCUGCUUUAUUAACAUAAAAAAACUUAACAUCCUUACAGUAUAUUUUGGUUAGAUCUGAGAUACUCGGAUGAUGCUCUCUUAUUUACAGCCAGUAAAUAAGUUCAAUUCAAACUAUUUUACCUUGAAUAUAAAAUCUAGAUAUAAUAAACUACACUGUAUAAUUUACUUUAUGUCAAAACAAUUCUUUUUAUACACACACAUGAAAUAUUCUAAUUUGUUCUGUAUUGUUUUUCUAAACAAUAAAUACACUCCAGAUACUGUGGAAAUUAAAUUUUGCCAGUUGUUAAGAUAAAGACAACAGAAAACUUUUGAAAAUUAGUCAAAUUACUAUGGUGUUUACUGGGUCAUCAUUAUUUCCAUUUGUAUGUAUUUUAUUUAGAAUAAUAAAUCAACCUUUAUUUUGGGUGAUAAGAUUGUCACUGAUGAAAACAUGUAAAGCUCAAGUGGUAGAAAUAAUAUUUUUCAUGAGUUAAUUUAGGAAAUAUUGGAAUAGGAUAUUAUAAUUAUUUAUGAGGUUCAAUAUUCUUUUUCACAGAAAAUAAGGUAAACACUGAGUUAAAACCCCCUUUACGUUUUUUUUAUAAUCAUACCCAUACCCAUAAUCGUUUAAUGUGCUUAUUCAACAAACUUUCUGAGUAUGUGGAAAUAUUUUAACGUUAAGUUGGUUAGCAUUAUUUAUCUUUAGAAAGAAAAUAUUUGCAUCUGUUUAUUAAUGCUUUGAAGCAUUAAUACUUAGUCACAUUGAAAUCACAUAUGGAUGUAUCAAUAUAGGCUGAAAUUAAAUUGUGGAUAGGUACAGACAUGAAAUACUUCAAUCUUACAAGGUAAAUAUUCAAAAAAUUUAUUUUACUCACAGACUUAAUAAUGUCUUAAUAUGAAACAACUAUAUGUGCAAAUGAGAAAUUUAUAAAAAGGCCUCACAUACAGUAGUUGUUGAACAAACAUAACUUUCGUCCAGCUCCCACCUUUCCUUUUUUAAAAAGUUAAAUUUAUCCAUGUAGAUGCAGAUAUUUAACAUUAUAUAAGAAUGCUAAUAGAUGAAUUAUUUCUUCUCAUAUAAAAGCAAAUAAUUUUAUAUUAUAUAUAAUGGUAAAUAUUUAUUUGAUAACACACUUAAUAUUCUUAGAAAAAUAGUUUGUUACUCACUUUAGUACUUUACCUAUAACAUAAAUAUAUUAUUUGAUAUCACCUCUUUAAAUUUUCAUUUUAUACACUUUUUGAGAUUCUGGCCACACAACAUUCAGAAUUAUUGCCCAUGUAAAUUUAAAUAUUGUGACUUAUUAUUUUUUUCUUUUCUGAAAUGAAAACAUAUAUCUUUGGCAUCUGCUUUUAGCCUCCCAUCAAAGAGAAUAAGCAAAACAAUCACAGUUGGAGAAUUUCAAUCAUAACCUGACAUAGGAGAGUAGAGAAACAAAGAAAUGAACAGAUCUAGAAAGGCAAACUGAAUUGCUACAUUUGGAAUAGCUAAGGACCUGACUUUGAGAAGUGCUAGACCAGGAAUGACUAGGAACAUUGCUUAGAUGGAAAAUUAUGGCCCAUUACACUGAUGCAAAGGAUAAAAGAGUGAAACACAGAGGAGAAAGAUAACAGAGAUAGAAUCCAUGAUUCAAUUUUGCAAAUACAUUUUAGAGAACAACGUGCAUACUAUAAAACAAAUGAUACUAUCAAGAACAAACCUAUUUGUUCCAACUCUUAAAGAAAUAUUCAUGGUUUAGCAUUUGCCUCUAAACCCUGUUAGAAAUAUGUGAAGUUAGAAAUAAAGGGUUUUAAAAAAAAAUUAAAAACGUUUUUGGUAUGUGGACUCUAUGCUGUAUUUAGUAUGUACUAAAGCAUACUAUCUUUUAUUUUCUUUAAUUUAUAUAUUCCAUUCAAAUUCUAUAUUCCUAAGUUAGCUACCACAACUUUUUUUAUUGUUUCAAUAUGGUAUGUCCCUAUGAAAUGCUGUAUAUAUAUGUCUAAACUGUAAAAAUUAUACUGCAAAUGUUGAAGUUUUGUAUUUAUGAGAGACAUUGAAAGUAUGGCUUAUAGUAUAUCAAACUUGUCACACUUCACCAUUUGUAUAUUAAUAGUAAAGAUACUUUUACUUUAAUAAAGUGUUGCAUUUUAUGUUUAUUUUGAAUAACA